AACAGAUUAGAAAUCAUAAUGGAUUACAUUAAAAAUCUAGAAGUUUUAGGUCUAUCGAAGGACACAUACACAGAACAACCCUCGAUAUGCAGGCACAGAAGUAUAAUUCCUAUUUUGGACAGAUUAUAGGAAUGUACCCAUACGUACACAUAAUAGCAUACAGAGCUUUUCCUCAGAUUGACAAGAAGUAAGUUGAAUUCAACAAGAACCCGAAACAUGUGGACAAUCAAUACUGCCCAGGUCCUCCAUUAACCAAAUAUAGAAGCAUAACUAUGUAUCUUUUACUUUAUCUAUUCUUGAUACUUAUUCAGUUGUGCAAUUCGCAGAUACAACAAAUCAAUGCUUGUUCUAGGCUGGAUGCACAUUGCCUGGAUCUAGCUUCCAAAAAGCAGAUUGGGAUCAGCCGUAGAGUUGGAGAUCUCUAUGUGAUGGAAAGUCUGCAUCUUCCUCUGUCUUCCUCCCCCGUUGCACUUUUAUCUUUUCAGUUAGAUUCUCAGUCGAGUCAGUGUUAUUUAUGGCAUUCUCGCUUAGGUCAUUUGUCUGUUGACCACUUGCGGUCUUUAACUCAAUCAGAAUUGUUAGGUAAAACUUCUCCUAGUCAAAUUAAUGAGUGCCAAGCAUGUAAACUUGCUAAAAUGACAGCUUUACCUUUUAAUAACAGUACUUCUAUUUCUGCUUCCCUUUUUUUUCUUGUCCAUACUGAUGUCUAGGGACCUCCUCUUGUUCACACUAAAGGAAUAUAUUUCUCACAGUUGCAACAUCAGAACAAGGUAUAUACAACACAACAAUGCUUAUUUCUCCCUCACAAUAUUUUGGGCACGUCUUAACUAACCUAGGAUACAAUCCAAUGCUGUUGAGAAAGAGUCCCUGAAUACAAUGGAGAGCAAGAUUGACACCAGCAAGGGCCCAAGUUAGUCACGCCUGCAACUCAAGGAUUGGAUAUGGCCGACUUGAGUAUAUCAAAUGACCCAGAAGCAUUGAGUCAUUGUCCUCACUUUGGGUUUGGGAACUUGAAGAGGCCCUUGUUCUUUCUUUUCAAAAAAAUUUAAGUGCAAAAAGAUUAAAGCCUUGUUUGGAAACCUUAAUUUUUAUCCAAAAACCAAAACCACUACAAAUUGUCAAAUCAUUCUCUAGUUUUUUUCUGUACAAGCAAAAAAUCACUAAACAAGCCAAUUUCCAGAUAGAUACACUUGCUAGUAUCACUCUUUUUAACUUUACCAAUCUUGAAGCUUUAUCUCAAAAAUGUAAUACCAACAUGGAAAACAGUAAAUUCAACAUCCAGAAUUGCCAAAUAACAACCAGAUUAAGUAAUAAAUUAAGGAACAGUAACAUGAAUUGAAGGGUAAACAAGUUCAAUUGAAAGCAGAGAAGGUAUGUAUACUAGAUAGUAGAGA